UGUUUUGAACAUUUGAAGUGGUUUCUACCCUAACCACUCCCAUUCAACUAACACUCGCACAACCCAAAUGCGCCCCUUGGUUUCUCUCAUCUUUUUGACCUUCUCCUCCUCCUCCUCACCAAUAUAAAAUCUUCCCCAUCCAUCCACAAUUUCUUACCCAUCUUUCUCAAUUUUCUUCCAAAGUUGCAGACCAGACAAUCAUAUUCCAGCCAUUAGAUCGAACUCUCUAAAACAUUUACCUGGUAACGAUCAAGUCUUUGGCACAUCCAGCUUUCCGGGAAAACGUUUUCAAAUUCUAUCAUCAACAGUUCAAGGCCAACUUCACGAAGGCAACCCAAGAGAGUACAGAAUUCACAACAAAAAUGGAGAUUCAAGAAAAGCAGAAGGAUUCAUUUUCUGAGUCGGAAAGCGGCGGCAGUACUACUAGUCGAGUUGGCUAUAGCGGUCCCUUAAGUGGUCCGCUAAUCUCCGGCAAAAGAAACAGCAGCAAGAAGAGUGCAAGAUUCAAAGACGAAGACGAAUGCUACGUAGAAAUCACACUGGACGUACGUGAUGACUUGGUUUCAGUACAGAACAUCAGGGGAGGCGACUCGGAGACUGCAUACUUAGCCAGCCAGCUUGAGAAAAGACAUUCGUUUGGUUCCCAGCUCUCCUUCAAACUAAAGCAAGUCUCUCAGGAGCUAAAGCGGAUGACAUCUUCCAAGAGGUUUGAUAAAUUUGACAGAACUAAAUCCGGGGCAGCUCGUGCCCUCAAAGGCCUCAAGUUUAUGACAAAGAAUGUGGGAAGUGAAGGCUGGACCGAGGUUGAAGCUCGCUUUAAUGAAUUGGCUGUUAAUGGGAUGCUUCCCAAAUCUCAGUUUGGCCAAUGUAUAGGGAUGAAGGAGACAAGCGAGUUUGCAGGCGAAUUAUUUGAUGCAUUAGCUCGUCGGAGAGGAAUAACAUCAGCUUCCAUAACUGUGGAUGAGUUGCAUGGAUUCUGGGAACAAAUUACUGAUCAGAGCUUUGAUUCGAGGCUACAAACCUUCUUUGACAUGGUGGACAAAGAUGCAGAUGGGAGGAUUACCCAAGAAGAGGUGCAAGAGAUUAUUGCCUUGAGUGCUUCAGCAAAUAAGUUGUCAAAAAUCCAAGAACGUGCACAAGAGUAUGCUGCUAUGAUCAUGGAAGAGCUGGAUCCAGACAACCUCGGACACGUUGAGUUGUUCAACUUGGAAAUGCUACUUCUCCAAGCACCAUACAAAUCAACCAACCUAGCAGGCGAUAGCCGGGUUCUAAGCCGGCUACUGAGCCAAAAGCUAGUCCCGACCAAAGAGUACAACCCCAUCAAGCGGUGCUACAGGGGGUUCCGGUACUUCGUCGAGGACAAUUGGAAGCGGGUUUGGGUCAUGGCGCUGUGGCUUUCGAUCUGUGCAGGCCUUUUCACUUGGAAAUUCAUACAGUAUAAACAUAGGGCUGUGUUUGAUGUCAUGGGCUAUUGUGUCACAACUGCUAAGGGUGCAGCCGAGACCCUUAAGUUCAACAUGGCCCUAAUUCUUCUACCAGUGUGCAGAAAUACCAUUACUUGGCUCAGAACCAAGACGAAGUUGGGAGUGGCUGUUCCUUUUGAUGACAAUAUUAAUUUCCAUAAGGUAAUUGCUUUUGGAAUUGCAAUCGGAGUGGGGUUACAUGCUGGUGCACAUCUAACAUGUGACUUCCCUAGGCUGUUACAUGCGACGGAUGAUGAAUACGAGCCAAUGGAGCCAUAUUUUGGUGAUGAGCGGCCGGAUAAUUACUGGUGGUUCGUGAAAGGAACCGAGGGUUGGACCGGCGUGGUCAUGGUGGUGCUUAUGGCCAUAGCAUACACAUUAGCCCAACCAUGGUUCCGCCGGAGUCUGCUCAACCUUCCUAAAACCCUUAAGAAGUUCACAGGGUUCAAUGCCUUUUGGUAUUCCCACCACUUAUUCGUUAUUGUCUAUGUUCUGUUCAUAAUUCAUGGAUACUUCCUCUACCUCUCCAAGGACUGGUACAAAAAGACGACAUGGAUGUAUUUGGCUGUUCCAGUUUUGCUAUAUGCAUGUGAGCGCCUGAUUCGUGCAUUUAGGUCCGGCUAUAAAACCGUGCGAAUAUUAAAGGUUGCAGUGUACCCUGGAAAUGUUUUGGCUCUUCAGAUGUCUAAACCUCAAGGGUUUAAAUACACUAGCGGGCAGUAUAUAUUUGUGAACUGCUCGGAAGUCUCUCCCUUCCAAUGGCAUCCAUUUUCGAUUACUUCUGCUCCCGGGGACGAUUAUCUUAGCAUCCACAUACGCACCUUAGGUGACUGGACAUCAAAACUCAAAGUCAUUUUCUCUAAGGUAUGUCAGCCUCCUUCUGGUGACCAAAGUGGCCUUCUAAGAGCUAACACUGCAAAACCAAGGAUGCCAAGACUCUUAAUUGACGGCCCCUACGGAGCUCCGUCGCAAGAUUACAAAAAUUACGACGUACUCCUUCUUGUCGGGCUUGGCAUCGGCGCCACCCCAAUAAUCAGCAUAAUUAAAGAUGUGCUGAAUAACAUCAAGCAACAGAAGGAGAUAGAAGAAGGGUUGGCAGAGAGUGGCGCAAAGAAUGAGCAAAGGAGACAUUUCGCCACAAAAAGAGCCUACUUUUAUUGGGUCACUCGAGAGCAAGGGUCGUUUGAAUGGUUCAAGGGUGUGAUGGAUGAGGUAGCUGAAAAUGAUAGGGACGGAGUGAUAGAACUUCACAACUACUGCACAAGUGUCUAUGAAGAAGGAGAUGCUCGAUCUGCUUUGAUCACCAUGCUUCAGUCGCUGCAACAUGCUAAGAGUGGUGUGGAUAUUGUGUCGGGGACAAGGGUUAAGACACAUUUUGCCAGGCCGAAUUGGCGUAACGUUUUCAAGCAUGUAGCCCUCAAGCACGACAAUGAACGAGUUGGGGUGUUUUACUGUGGGGUACAUGGACUGGAUGGGCAGCUAAGACGGCUAGCUCAAGACUUUUCCAGGAAAACAACCACCAAGUUUGAUUUCCACAAGGAAAACUUCUAAUUUUUAUUUUAUUUUUAUAGGUUAUGGUGGAUAUAUAUACAUGUACGUGGUCUAAAGUUUGAUUUUAUGUUGCAACUUAUACAUAAUUAAUUGUUUUGUACCAUGAGAAA